CGUCACUCGUCCGCUGCUUCCGACCGGGGAUGCUUAAAUACCGCCUCUCCUCCACUUCUUCCUCUUCCUCUUCCUCUUCCUCUAUAUCUCCUUCUUCUUCUUCUACACCUACUUCUACUCCUUCUACUUCUUCUACUCCUUCGUCAACAACAAUGGCCUCCACCUACGCUACAGACCUCUCCCCCCUCCCCGUCCCUACCCCCAAAACCGUCUCGACCCCGAUCCUGGACCUCUUCUCCCUCAAAGGAAAGGUCGCCUCCAUCACCGGCUCCUCCUCCGGCAUCGGCCUCGAGGUCGCCCGUGGCUUUGCCUCCGCCGGUGCGGACAUCGCCAUCUGGUACCAUGGAAACCCCUCCGCCAUCGAAAAGGCAAAGAAGAUCGAAGCCGACUUUGGCGUCCGUUGCAAGGCCUACAAGUGUGCCAUCGACAACUCCAAGGAGGUCGAAGCAACCAUCAAGCAGAUCUACGAGGACUUUGGCGCCCUCGACAUCCAGAUCGCCAACGCCGGCAUCCCCUGGACCCAGGGCCCCAUGAUCGACCCCGAGAACGACGACCACUGGCACAAGGUCGUCAACACCGACCUCAACGGCGCCUACUACACCGCAAAGUACACCGGCCAGAUCUUCAAGAAGCAGGGCCACGGCUCCCUCGUCUUCACCGCCUCCAUGUCCGGCCACAUCGUCAACAUCCCCCAGAUGCAGGCCUGCUACAACGCCGCCAAGGCCGGCGUCCUCCACCUCUCGCGCUCGCUCGCCGUCGAGUGGUCCGGCUUUGCUCGCGUCAACACCGUCUCCCCCGGUUACAUGAUGACCGAGAUCUCCGACUUUAUCCCCCACGAGACCAAGGAGAAGUGGUGGAAGCUCAUCCCCAUGGGCCGCGAGGGCGAUCCCCGCGAGCUCGUCGGUGCGUACCUGUAUCUUGCCUCUGAUGCCAGCACGUAUACUUCUGGCGCCGACAUCAUCGUCGACGGUGCCUACUGCGCUCCUUAGAUGUGUAGAUCGAGUAGAGAGUAGCGGUGAAGGCAGCUUUGUUAUGUACAUUACUACCCACCUAGAGACCUACAAAAGCUCUGAGACUUAUACAGAACCUCUAUACAUUACUGAACUGUUAUACUUCAAUAUAAUUAUACACUACUGAAUAAA